UAAAUACGAAAUGGGAAUCUACCAUGCCUGUAAGAUCGGCUGCUAAGUCUGUAGAAGGUGAACGCAAAAGGAGAGCCAGAGAUGACAGGAAUUAGUAAUGGAGAUCAAGUAUCGGGUGAGGCUGAAACGAUGAAGACUCUCGAGAGGGAAGCUAGUUCCUCAAAGGGGAAGAGUACCAGUAGAGCUCCUUCGGCGAGCUACGAUCUAGAGGCUAAUGGGGCUCAGAAGCCUGAGCACGACGACAAACCAGAGCAUCAGCCUGAGAACCAGAAGCCAGGAUGGAGGAGGAUGAUCUCACAUAUCGGACCUGGAUUCCUCGUUUGCAUGGCUUUUAUAGAUCCCGGAAGCGUGGAAACAUUGUUUCAAACUGCAUCACAAAAUCAGUACCAGUUGCUAUGGGUUAUCCUUCUUGGGUUCAUCCUGGUUUUCAUAGUCCAGUCUCUUGCAGCCAAUCUUGGAGUAGUAACAGGAAUGCAUCUUGCAGAGCAUUAUAGGCUUGAAUACCCCAAAUAUUUGAAUUAUUGCUUCUGGAUACUUGCUGAGGCUGCUGUUAUAGGAGCUGACAUAUCAGAAGUGAUUGGAACAGCCUUUGCUCUCGACAUACUGCUGCAUAUUCCUGUCUGGGUUGGCAUUCUGCUUACAGGCUUGACUCCAUUUCUUCUUGUUGGACUGCAAAAAUAUGGGUUCCGGAAGGUGGAGAUGGCGCUGGCAAUGGUGGUGUUCGUGAUAGCUGCGUGCUUCGUCGGGGAGCUUCCAUACGUGAAGCCCAAGGCGUCGGAGGUCUUCAAAGGCUUCAUCCCUGGAUUUAACAAUCGAGACGCCGUGGCUAAUGGCAUUGCCUUCUUGGGAGCUCUUAUCAUGCCGCACAACCUGUUUAUUCAUUCAGCAUUGGUUCUCACAAGAAGACCUCCUCAGUCUGUCAAAGGAAUAAAUGAUGCCUGCCGAUAUUUCGCCAUAGAGAGUGCACCACCAAUGGCCCUGGCACUAUUCAUCAACAUCGUUGCCAUCGUUGUCGCUGGAAGCAUUUGCUUUGCAAGUAAUAUCUCGCCCGGAACGGCAGCUGCAUGCAAGAACCUUACACUAUACAAUGGGGCCAUCUUAUUGAAGGAUGUAUUAGGAAAAUGGAGCAGACUAGUCUAUGGCAUCUCAUUAUUGGCAUCAGCACAAGGCUCUGCUCUUACUGUUGGAUGUUCUGGGCAAUAUGUCAUGCAAGGCUUCCUUCAAAAAAAGACCAAGAAAUGGAUCAUAACAGUUGUGACAAGAGGACUUGCAAUCCUACCAAGCUUGAUAGCUGCUCUAGUUGGAGGUCCAUCUGCGUGUGCUCGACUAAUCAUCAUCUCAUCAAUGAUCCUCUCCUUUGAGCUCCCAUUUACCAUACUGCCCCUCCUCAGGUUCACCAGCAGCAGGAAGAAGAUGGGGCCACACAAGAACCAUAUAGCUGUGAUAAUUGCAGCAUGGAUACUUGGAUUGUGUGCAGUAGGAAUCAAUGUUUACUACCUAAGCGUAGGCUUUGUUGAGUGGCUGAUCCACAACAAUUUGCCAAAGGCUGCGUCAGUGAUAAUAGGGAUCAUAGUGUUUCCCAUUAUGAUUGUCUACCUUGUAACAUCGGUCUAUGUUAUCUUCAAGAAGGUUGAUGUAGCCACAUACAAGCCGCCGCCACCACUGCCACUGCCAACCAACAAGGACUCCAUGGGCGAGACCAUUGAGGAAGAAGAGGAGAUACCAUACAGAGAGGAUCUUGUAGAGAUGGCUGAGAGUGAAUAAUCUAGUAGACCCAACAAUCGCUAGUUAUAUGCUGCCUUUAUUAUUUUCCCCUUUUUUGUAUAAUUAAAUUGGGGUUACGCCGUGCGCCCCUAUCAGUGCAAUCAAGCAAAUGAACAUAAUAGAAAAUUAUUACAUUACUUUUA